AUUCAGAGGUCGGCUGUUGGAUCGGAUGCUAAUCAGCUCAAACGAGAGCCAGGGAAGCUGAACUGUUCCCAUUUUAACUGCAGAUCUUUGGAGGACUGUGAGACGAAUGGCAGCUCUUCCUGGGAACGUGCUGACCGUCAGCGUGUUACUGAGUGUCCUCUUUCUUCCAGGUUCUCUGCUUCAUUAUUGCGGUGCAAAACCAGGGGCCCUCAAUAUCACCGCACCAAACAACAUUGAAGCUCUGAGUGGAUCUUGUUUGGAGAUCCCAUGUAGUUUUACUACAAAUCAUCCAAAUUUUAAUAGGACCAUUAGUAUCAAUGGAGUUUGGAUGAAACACAGUUUAACUUUUCAAUCUGAUAUAAGUUAUGUAAUUUUCAAUAGCAGUAAGUCAGCAAACCCCUAUCCAUUGGAAUUACGUGGAAACCUUGCAGAGAAAAACUGCACCACUCUGUUUCCUGGUUUAAACUCAAGUUAUACAGACAGAUACUUCUUCAGGAUUGAGAACGGAGCAUUCAGAGCAACAGGCUGCGCUCAUCCUCUCAAUAUAACAGUUAGAGAUUCUCCAUGGAGUCCCAGCAUUAAUGUUCCCUCUGACCUGAAGGAGCAUCAGUCUGUCACUGUAACCUGCUCAGCUUUCACUCCCUGUCCACACUCACCUCCUGAACUCACCUGGAAUCUCCAACAAGACUCUCUCAGACAAACAGAGAUAAACACAGAUGGAACCUUUACAACUAAAAUCCAGGAGAACAUCACUCUGUCAGACACACAUGAUGGAUACAACAUCAGAUGUUCUGCCAGAUAUCCUGUGAUUGGAGGAAACAAGACAGCAGAGACAGAAGUGACUCUCAGUGUUUCCUAUGCUCCUAGAAACACCUCAGCAUCCAUCAGUCCAUCAGGUUUGGUGUCAGCAGGUAGCUGGGUGGAGCUGAGCUGCUCCAGCAGAGCCAAACCUCCACCCAGCUUCACCUGGUUCAGGAUCAGUGAACAUGGAGCCACUAAUGUGUCUAUGGAGCAGGUUUACAAACUCCAAAUGACCAACAUGUCAAAUAUAGAAAGUCAUUUUUGCGUGGCUGCAAAUAUUCUUGGUAAUCAGACAACAUCAUGGAGUCACUUGAAAAAUAAAGAAACGGGGAUGCUGACAGUUUCUGGCUCAGUUAUCUUGCUGUUAAUUUUCGCUGGGCUCAUCUGCUUGGUUUCCUCAGUUUUGUUCUUCCAGUCCAAACAUCGAACUCACCAGCAGCCUCAGGCUGAACCAGAUGAGGAUGUUACAGUUCAAAUGCCUCCUGAUAAAACUGAAGAUGAACCUUAUGAGGACAUGAACUUUAUCCAGAGACGACCAGAAGCUUUCUCUGAAUCUAUUAAGAACAGAGGACCGGAAGAGGCAGUUUACGCCCAGGUCAAAAAGUUCAGGGCAAGAAACUGUUCAGUGCAGACGGCUGACAGUUCGGAGGAUAGUUACAUUGAAAUGAAGCACCAAUAACUGCAGUUGAGCGAUCACAGCAAUAUUGUUUUUGUAUUUACAUUAUGUCAGAUCAUUGUGAUUCUCUUUCCCUUUUUCCUCUUUCAUCAUAGCUUUAUCAUUUUAUUGUAACAGGGCAGUUGCAUUUUGCCUUUUUGGU